ACCAAAAUGUUUAUCUUGCUGAGAUCUAUUGAUCUAUAUAGUUUCCAAAGUGGUCCCUGGAAAAAAGUUCGAUGAGCCGAUUUGUGGUCUUAUGAGCCCCCCUCUUUUUCAUACUUAAAAUUCAAGAUUUCUUUGUAAUUAUGUUUUAUAAAAUAGAGAUAAUUAACCUAAUUAAUGGAAUUUUUUCAGCAAUAUCAUGGUCGAAAACAUCACGUCUAUCUGUAAGUUAGCGGCGUAACUAGAACAGUGGCGCCCCGCUGACGGUGGUAGGGCAGUGGAAGGUGGCGUCACUCUUUUUUUGCUUAUAAAUUUGUAGCAGAGUGUUAUGAAGAUCUGGAAUUGCUAUCGUAAUUUCGCCCUAACAUGUACUAUAUCUGGGGAAACUCUCCAGUCUUCGUAUCAUUUAGUUAAAAAGUUAUAAGCAAAAUAAUAGUGGCGCCACCUUCCACUGCCCUACCACCGCCAGCGGGGCGCCACUGUUCUAGUUACGCCACUACUGUAAGUGAGAAAUCCACUUUUCUCACUCUAAUACUUCAACAUUAAUUUCCAUUUGUGUUUUCCGAAAAAAAAAUUAAGAUUCGAUUAGCUUCAUCAUAAAUCAUAGGAAGAACCCUCGAUAUGAAUUAAUAAACAAGAAAAUUCGAACUGCUGAGGUUUGUGCUAAUGACUUUAUUUAUAAGAAAUCUUUGUUAUUGACGAUACUUCCUAUUACGUAUGACCUACCUCUUGGUUUUUCAGCUUAGAAGUAUUUGAUCCCAUUGUUGAUACGUGGUUGAUUCACUUACAUCUCAUAUAUUCACAACCAUAGGUGAAAUUCAGAAGGAAGUGCUUAAUCGAUAAAUUUUUUUGUUAAAUGUCGUAGGUUAAUAGAAUAGUAUUAUCUACAAUAGAAAUCUGUCUACUUAUCUAUGCACGUGCUGUUCUUUUUACAUAAAAGCACACUACUGUGUCAUAGUGGAAAAAUACAAGGGAAAGUAACUCUGAGUAAUGUGUUACAUAUCUCAGUUAUGCAAAGGUUGAAUAUAAAGAUACGACUUGCAAACAGUAGAAAAUUCCAACAAGUUUCUUAUCAAUUCAAUCUUGUGAAAAUAAAAUUGAGUAGAGAUAAGCGGUACUGCUGAAAGUGUGUGGGUGUGAAUCUUUGAAUUGUCUAUACCCACAUCUGCAUCUACCCUAAUAUAUGAUGAACAAACUAUCAUUCCUUUUUCUUUUGCAUGCUGACAAGAGUAUAGCUGUACAUAUUUUAAUAUUCAACGUAAAGAAAAUCCUAGUCGAAUAUCUUGUAAGCAAGAUCUUGAGAAGAUUCUAAAAAGACAGUUUGUUUGUGUAUACCUUGGAUGUGCCAGAUAAGUCUGUGCUUAAGAUCUUGUUAAGAUCAUGGAGACUAUAUCAUUCCCUAUUAUCUUCGCACAAGAUCUUGAAAAAAACAAAAAGCGCUAUUAUUAACUUAUUGGUUACAGGGUGUGGGUGUGGGUGUGGGUGUGUGGGUGUGGGUGUUGGUGUGUGGAUGUGGGUGUGGGUGUGGAUGUGGGUGUGGAUGUGGGUGUGGGUGUGGGUGUGGGUGUGGGUGUGGAUGUGGGUGUGGGUGUGGAUGUGGGUGUGGGUGUGGGUGUGGGUGUGGGUGUGGGUGUGGAUGUGGGUGUGGAUGUGGAUGUGGGUGUGGGUGUGGAUGUGGGUGUCAAAGAGGCCUUCUCAACAACGCCCACACCCCACACACCCACACCCAUCCACACCCACAACCACACCCACACCCACACCCACACCCACACCCACACCCACACCCACACCCCACACCCACACCGCACCCACACCCACACCCACCCCACACCCCACCCACACCCACACCCCAUUCUUAUCAUAGAGGACACUAAUUUCAUGCAAAAUAGAGAUUAUUUUUAAUGUGACUGCUUCGUUUAAUAACAAAAGCUAAAGUCAACACAAAUAUACAAUCUUUAUUUUUCUUUUAUUGUAUUUGCACAUCUUUGUAAUAAAAUUCCUGGUUCAUUGACGGUUUUGUUUGCUCGCCUUGUAAAUCAUCAUGUGGCAAAUGUUGGACAAGAAAAAGCAACAAAGAUUUGUUUACUAUUAAGCAAUAUAUAUUAUGUAGAUUGAAAAUAGAAAAUUGACAUCAAUAACCACAUUUAUAGAUGAAAGAUUGUUGAAAGGUGGAAAAUCAAUUAAAAUCGAUACCGAUGAAUUGAAGCAGAAAACUAUUGGUCUCUAUUUCUCGUGAGUAUGACCUAUUUGAUUUUGUAAAUUCGUUAUGAAAAUAUAAGAGUUUGCUUUUUCUAGUGCCCAAUGGUGUAAUCAAUGUCGAAAUUUGACAUCAAAAUAGGCUCAAGUAUACAAUGAUUCGUUAACUAAAAAUAACAAUUUGUUAUUUGAUAUAAUAUUUAUUUCAGCUGAUAAUGAUCAAGAAUCAUUCGAUGAAUAUUAUCAAGAUAUGACAUGGAAAGCAAUUCCUUUUCAGAGCAAAUAUCUGACUUUAUAAUAAAUAAAAAAGAUAGUUCUCUUCGGUCUUUUGAUGUGGUUAAGUAAUCUUUUCUUUAUUAUAUCAUAUAGAUCGUGAGCGAGCAAAAUACCUCAAUAACCGUUACCAAAUUCAAGAUAUUCCAACGUUAAUUAUCCUUAAACCUGACAGUGAAAUAUUAACAUUAAAUGGUGAUGAAGAGUUUGAAUCAACGAAUACGAUAGAAGAAUGGAUGAAAGGCGAAACAAUAUUUUGGACACAAGAACCACAAAACAGCGAUGAUCAUGUUUGGGCAGAUAUCAAUCGAGAAUGUGCUUAUGAUUUUUGUCAAGAAUGUUAUUCGAAACGAAAUACACAUCACCAUGAACUAAUCAAAUUUUGGUCACCAAAGAAAACAUAUUCCAUUGAACAGAUGUUUGUUCAAAGUGAAUUGAUAGAUCAUAAUGAUGAGUGUAUAACAAUCAAAUCGUUAGAGAAUAAAUACAUAGGCCUUUAUUUUAUUGCAGAAUUAACAGAAAUUUAUCGAAAAGCUAUGAAGUUCAAUCUACCAUUUGGUGUAAUCUUCAUUUCUGCUGAUGAUAAUCAAACAACCUUUGAUACACAAUAUGAAGGAAUGCCUUGGAAAGCAUUAUCAUUUGAUAAUUAUAUAACACAACUACUAUUAAAAACUCAUUUUUCUGUGAGCCGAAUUCCAACAUUGAUCAUUGUCAAACCUACAGGUGAAUUACUGACAAAAUCAGGUCGAAAAGAUAUUGAGAAUAAAACAAUUGAAGCUAUUCAGACUUGGUGUAAAGGUGAAAAAGUUAGACUAAAAUCAGAAGAAUUUGUUUGA